CGGAGGCCGGGGAGCAGCCGACCAUGGAGCCCCAGAAAAUCACGCCAGCCUCAAAGCCUCAUCCACCUGUCGUGGGCAAAGUGACUCAUCACAGCAUUGAAUUAUACUGGGAUCUGGAAAAGAAAGCCAAACGCCAAGGACCUCAGGAGCAGUGGUUCAGGUUCUCCAUUGAAGAAGAAGACCCCAAAAUACACUCUUACGGUGUCAUUUAUGCGGGAUAUGCAACGAAGCAUGUUGUUGAAGGUCUGGAACCAAGAACGCUGUACAGAUUUCGCCUGAAGGUCACCAGCCCCUCUGGGGAGUGUGAGUACAGCCCACUCGUCUCAGUGUCUACGACCAGACUAUCUCUGAGCAAGAACAUUGUAAAAAUUAGGAUGGUCACAAGUGUUCUCCACGACCCACCCACUGAAAACACAGGAGAGCCCGUAAGUAGCGAGCACUUGCAUCGGGCUGUUAAUGUGAAUGAUGAAGAUUUGCUUGUCCGAAUACUUCAAGGAGGCCGUGUUGAGGUUGAUGUUCCCAAUAAGUUUGGCUUUACCGCUCUGAUGGUUGCUGCCCAGAAAGGAUACACCAGGCUUGUGAAAAUCCUAGUUUCUAAUGGCACAGACGUGAAUCUGAAGAAUGGAAGUGGCAAGGACAGUCUAAUGCUGGCGUGCUAUGCGGGACACCUAGACGUUGUGAAAUAUCUCCGGAGACACGGCGCUUCUUGGCAGGCUAGAGACCUGGGCGGCUGUACGGCUCUGCACUGGGCUGCAGAUGGAGGCCACUGCAGUGUGAUUGAGUGGAUGAUAAAGGAUGGCUGUGAGGUAGACAUCGUGGAUACUGGUUCAGGAUGGACCCCACUCAUGAGAGUCUCUGCGGUGUCGGGAAAUCAGAGGGUGGCCUCUCUUCUAAUUGAUGCUGGGGCCAAUGUGAAUGUGAAGGACAGAAAUGGAAAGACGCCCCUUAUGGUGGCUGUGUUAAAUAAUCAUGAAGAGUUAGUUCAGUUACUUCUUGACAAAGGGGCAGAUGCAAGUGUAAAAAAUGAGUUCGGCAAAGGUGUCCUAGAAAUGGCCAGAGUUUUUGACAGACAGAGUGUAAUCUCCUUAUUAGAAGAAAGGAAAAAAAAGCAGAGGCCAAAGAAGUCUUGUGUCUGCUGA